AUGAUGCUAAACCAGUUUAUUUUUCUGGAUACACAGGAAGGGCGGCUGAUGGGGUACUGGCGAUUCCAACGAUUUUUUGAAUUGCAUCCCACAGAGACCGCUGCGGCAGAGCGUCUCAAUCUGCGGGAGAUGAGACACGGCCUAAUAGCGCUGACUAGACGGUAUGUGGAUAGUGAAAAGUCGAUGGCCGAGAUACUGGCCAUGGCCGUGAGUGAAGCGGGAGCAGGACAUUCGGUGCUCACUGGCGAGCAAGUGUAUGCGUCGAAUGCGUUUUCCUUUGAGAGUUUAUGUGGACCGACUAUGCGCAAAGAUGUAUGUGUAUCAUGCUCAGAGGUAGAGCUAGGAAUGGCGAGGGUAUCUCAAAUGAUUGUCCGACGAGGCAAGUAUGCACGUAUUACGGUUUGGAGUAUACAGGUCAUCGAGGGUGUUGCAGUUCUCUCCAUGGUGUUUCACGUGAGACGAAGCGUAUUUAUGAGAAGUUGGUGCUCAAGAGGAGGAGAAGAGAUGAACGGGAAGGCUCAGAGAAGAGAUCACAUGAGGUACCGUACACACCGGGUGGGGAUACGACGAUGGUGGGUUGGGAGCCAAUGGACAGUGGAGAGGAGGAGGUGCAGGGAGCAGAGCACAGCAGUACAGCCGAUGUGUCGAGCUCAGAUCUGGAUGCUGAGUGUGAGCUUUUUGCCAGCUCCUAUAGCUCCCACAGUUUCAAUGCCCCCAGCGGAGAGCUCCACGCGAGCACGCCCCAUGCCGCUCCGCGUGCUACACUAUAUUCCAGCCCUUCAUCUCAGUCAUCAGCGGCAACUUCCGAUAGCGAGCUAG